AUGGAUUCAAAUUCUUCUGAAUAUCUUCUAAACCAUACAACUCUUCCUUCUGUUUAUUAUCAAGGAAACAAUAAGGAUGAUGGUAACUUUAUUGAUUUGGGGCUAAGUCUUAGAGCUUUACAACCUGAGGCCUAUUAUCCAUCUAGUCACGAUGGGUAUGAUGAACUUAUAGAUUGGCAACAGUUGCAUCCACAACUAAGGAAUAAUUCAAGAAGUGAAUAUCCUACAAAUUUUAUUGAAAAUUAUGAUGAUGAAGGUGAAGGGGCUCAAAGCAAAGAGAGUUGGGGAUAUGUGAAAGUUAACAUGGAUGGAGUUAUUGUUGGAAGAAAGAUUUGCAUUCUUCAACAAUCAGGAUAUUCUAGUCUUGCAACUCAACUAGAAGACAUGUUUGGAAAACAAAGUAUGGAUGGGCUAAGGCUAUUCCAAGAUGGUUCAGAGUUUUCCUUAUUUUACAAGGACAGGAAUGACCAAUGGAGGACUGUUGGUGAUGUUCCAUGGAAUGAGUUCGCAGAUCGAGUGAAGAGGCUAAGAAUUGUGAGGAAAGAUGAAGCAUUUUUCCCCAAUUGA